AUGCAGUCCUCUGCAGCCACUACUGAGGGCCUCCGGAUCCCCCUCUUUGGGGCCUACACACUCCCUGCCUUCAAGUUCCAGCCGCGCCAUGAGAGUGUGGACUGGAGGCGCAUUAGCGCCCUGGAUGUGGAACGGGUGGCACGGGAGCUGGACGUGGCCACCCUGCAGGAGAACAUCACUGGCAUCACCUUCUGCAACCUGGACAGGGAGACGUGCAGCCACUGUGGACAGCCUGUGGACCCAGUGCUGCUCAAGGUGCUGCGCCUGGCGCAGCUCAUCACUGAGUACUUGCUGCACUGCCAGGAUUGCUUGAGUGCCAGCGUUGCCCAGCUUGAGGCCCGGCUGCAGGCCAGCCUGGGUCAGCAGGAGCGUGGUCAGUGGGAGCUGGGCCGCCAAGCUGACAAGCUCCAGAGCAUGAGAGAGGAGAGCCGCUGGCGCCGCAAGAUGAUCAGCACCCUGCAGCAGCUGCUGCUGCAGACAGGCACCCAUAGCUUCCACACGUGCCACCUGUGUGACAAGACGUUCAUGAACGCCACCUUUCUCUGGGGCCACAUCCAACGCAGGCAUGCAGGCAUGACGGAAGGCGGAAAACAGAAGAAGGAAGAACAGCCAGUGGAAGAGAUGCUGGAAGAGCUGCGGGCCAAGCUGAAGCGGACCCAAGAAGAGCUGGAAACCCAGAGGAGGGCUGAGAGGCAGCGGCAGCUCCAGGAGGCAGAGAUCAUUCGUGAGAAGGAAAUAGAAGCUAAGAAAGAAUUUGAUGAAUGGAAAGAAAAAGAGAGGACCAAGCUUUAUGGGGAAAUAGACAAGCUAAAGAAGUUAUUUUGGGAUGAAUUUAAAAGCGUUGCCAACCAGAACUCUAUGCUAGAAGAGAAACUGCAGGCGCUGCAGUCCCACAGCGUGGCAGAGUCCAACCUUGGGUCCCUGAGGGACGAGGAGUCUGAGGAGCGACUCAGGCAGGCACAAGAGCUCCGGGCCUUGAGGGAGAAGAUGGAAAUUCAGAAAAUGGAGUGGAAGAGAAAAAUGAAGGAACUGCAGGAAAAGCAUGUGGCUCAAAGGAGGGAGCUGCAGAAGGAGAAUGAGAGGCUCCAGGCCUCCCUGUCCCAGGAUCAGAGGAAAGCAGCUGCCCAGUCCCAGUGCCAUACCGGCACCCUCUGCUCCCAGCUGCAGGAGCAGGCCAGGCUCAUCGCCUCCCAGGAGGAGAUGAUCCAGACCAUGUCCCUCAGGAAGGUGGAGGGGACCCUCCAGGGGCCAAGGGCUGCAGGCACAGAGGAAGACUCUUCUGAGGAAGAUCUGCUGAACUCCCAAGAUGGACAGCAGAAGGUGCUGGCAGCUCUGAGGCUAAACCCAACCUUGCUAAUGCAGUUCAGGCCACUCCUGGAGGACACCCUGGAGGAGAAACUGGAAAGCAUGGGGAUUCAGAGGGAUGCAAAGGGAAUCUCUGUUCAGACUCUCAGACAUCUGGAGACGCUCUUAAGAGCCCAGCGGGAGCAGAAGGCUGGAAUGUUUUUUGAGUUUCUGAGCCUGAGGGAAAAGCUUGUCAAGGAAGCUACCAGCAGAGUGAAGGAGAGACUGAAGAACGGGGCCAUGGUGGCCCAGCCAGAUGGCAAGCCUCCAGUCAAAAGUCAGUGGAGCUCAUUGGUCGCAAAAGAGGCCCGUCCAAAGUCCAGGACCCUGCAUGUGGCAUCACCAUCCAAACCAGCAGAGCUGCCCAUGCUGACUCUUCAGAGCUGCGGCCCUGGCCUGAUCCAGGUGCCCACCCCUACUCCAUGCCCCAGAGUGUGCGGGCCUGCCACCAGCCCCGCUUCCCUGGGGCUCAGGCUGAGUACGCCCCCAUUCAGUUCUGAAGAGGACUCCGAGGGAGACACUGUGCAGCGCGUGUCUCUUCAGUGGCCACAAGCUCCUUCCAGAAUGGGGUCCCAGCUGGAGGAUGACUGGGACUGGUCUGACACGGAGACCUUGGAGGGAAAUGCCCAGCCCCCUGGCAAGGGCUCAGGUUCUUAG